UCAACCAUUUUACAUCACAUUUAUCACUUCAUACUUACCACCCAUCCAUCACUGCGAGAUUCCAUCCUGCUCUUUCUUCCCCUCAUUCCCUCAUUUUACCCCCUCCCCCUUCUCUUCUUCAACCCCUCGCCUUGUUUAUUCUCUUCUCCCUUUCCUCUUCCUCCAGCCUGCCGUGCAACACGUGUGUCUCAGGCGUGUGCGCUCGCCACACAAAGGGCCCACACGAGGCGGCGUUGCAUUCUGAAGUACUCUCUAAUGAGAUCUAAGAAAGCAGAGCAACAAAGCUAGAUCGUGUGUGGAGAUCGGUAUUCAUAAGUACGUAGGUUGAGCAACGACAACAACAACAACAACAAAAAGGACUAGAAUCCGUGCCGUAAAAUUAGGGGAGAGAAUAAGAAGAGACGGGGAAAAGAGAAAGAGAGAGAUGGAGGAGGAGAAUAAAGAAAAGGGAAAGGGAGGGAGAGUGCAGCUGGUGAGAUCUGAGUGGCAAGACCGCAGUCUGAUGUUAAAGACUCCUGCCUUCUCUGUGCUCCAAACCAGAUGCUUAGAAGCCAUAAACAGCCUCCAGACAGGCAAAAAAACCUCAAACACACACACACACACACACACACACACACACACACAUACUGAGAGAAAGAAGACGUCGAUUCGAGCUCUGUACAUUUCAAGGUUUAGUGCUGUAGUUAUUCCCAGUUUGGAAGCAGUUGAUGGUACUCUACAGUAUGUGAGAAGAAGCAGGCAGGAUCAUGGCCCUGAGUCAUGGAGUGUGACAUUGAAUUUUACAAACAUUUUACUUGGCUUAAAAAGGUCAACCUGCAGGCAAAGGGAAACAACGAGAGCUAUCAAGAACGGCUCUGUCGACUCGAGGGAGAUAAGGAAUCGCUUGUGCUACAGGUGAGUGUGUUGACAGACCAGGUAGAGGCUCAAGGAGAGAAGAUCAGAGACCUGGAGAAUUCCCUCGAGGAGCACCAGCACAAGCUAAACUCCACAGGAGAAAUGCUGCAACAGGAGCUACUGAGCAGGACUGCGCUCGAGUCGCAGAAACUAGAUCUGAUGGAUGAGGUUUCCUGUCUGAAACUGAAGCUGGUGAGCAUGGAGGAGAGGCAGAAUCACAGCGCAGAGAGACAACACAAAGCUGAGAGCGUAGUGAAUCUGAUUAGCGAGCUCCAGGAGCAGAUGUGUAGGAUUCAGCAAGAGCUUUGUUGUAAGGUCCAGGAGAAAAAAGCUGCAGAGAUCCAGGAGGACGAAGAGGCCGGUACUGACGCUUCGCUGAACGGAUCAGGCGAGGCUGAAGAAACGUCUGCGGAGGAGCAGAGCUCUGGAGACUUAGGUGCUGAGGAGCUCUGUCACUGUGGGAGAGAAAGUAGCUUGCUCCAGGAACUGAGGUUCCUCAAAAAUAAAGUGGAGGAUCUUGAGGAUGAAAAGUCGCAGUACGAGAGAAAACUGAAAGCUACGAAGUCUCUAAUGACUCAGUUGUUGAGUCUGAGGCUGACGGUGGAGCAGCUUCAGGUGGAGAAGCAGCAGUGGGAGGAGAACAAAAGGAACCUUCAGGCAGAAAUCUCGGGCCUUCAGCACCUCCUGCAGUGUAAGAAUACAGAGAUCGAGAACCUUCAGUCGCAGCUUCUCUCCAGAUCUCCCAUGUCUAUUGACAGUUCAGAGAGAGAGGAGUUAUACAGGAGAAGGCUCAACACCAAACAUCAAGAGCUUCUAAAAUUAAAAGCCGGAAUGGAAUUAUUAAUUGCAGCCAAUGAUGAAAAGGAUCGGCGUAUAGAGGAGCUUUCUCUUCUCCUGAGCCAGUGCAGACAAUUUCGAGAUGGCAAGGCCUUGUUUCAACAGACGCCGGCACCACAGGCCAGCAGUGAGGAAGACGAGCUAAGUGCAGCAGUGAAGACAAAAGCUCUCACUAUUAAAGCUCAUUCAGAGAUGACGUCCGGAGCGUCCUCUCCGCUUCUUGCAUGCAAAAAACCUGAUCAGAAGGAAACGGAAUCCCGGUCGCAGCUGAGAAAUCCGUCCAGCAGCCAGGAAGAUCUGAAAAGUGAAGCAACACAAAAGCCCAUGAUCGGGACUCCUGUAGAGCCUGCUUGCUCAGACGAGGGUUCUCAGUCCAAACCGGAGAACGGGACGUGUAUCCUGAUAGACGGUAAUAAAAGCGACGGCUCAGAGCCGAGGUCUCAAGAGGGCAGCCAGGACGAAGACAUUAACCCGAAAAAGGCAGAGAGAGCGGAAAACCCGAGCGCUCGCGAUGCAUCACCCACGUCGUCUGGUGUGGAUUCAGGAGAACAUUCCCCUGUCUCACAGGAAAACAUGAAGAACAACAAGAGCAUACGCAAACUCUGGGGGAAGAUCAGGAGGACGCAGCCGGGGGGUCUGGGGCCAGGCGAUGAUCUGGAGCCCACUGAGUUUAGGAGAGGAGGAUUUAGAGCUACAGCUGGACCACGACUGGCUCGAACCCCUGAUUCGGCCCGCUCAGUCCGAGACAUGACGGUCCCGUUCUCCAACUGGACCACGGAGCAGGUGUGUGGUUGGCUGGAGGACUACGGACUCGGUCAGUACGUCAACUUGGCACGUCAGUGGGUGAUCAGUGGGCAGACCCUCCUCUCCGCCACGCUGCAGGAAUUUGAGAAGGAGAUGGGCAUCAAACAUCCGCUACACAGAAAGAAACUGCAGUUGGCUCUCAAGUCGUUCAACAACAAGGCGAUGGAGAAAUCCUCCGAGCUCGAUCACAUCUGGGUCACACGCUGGCUGGAUGACAUCGGCUUACCUCAGUAUAAGGACCAGUUCCAUGAGAGCAGAGUGGAUGGCAGGGUGCUCCAGUAUCUCACAGUGAACGACCUUCUGUUCCUGAAGGUCACCAGUCAGCUCCAUCAUCUGAGCAUCAAGUGUGCCAUCCACGUCCUCCACGUCAACAAGUUCAACCCACACUGCCUGAGGCGCAGACCAGGAGACGAGAAUAAAACCUCUCCGUCUGAAGUGGUGCAGUGGUCCAAUCACCGCGUGAUGGAGUGGCUCCGCUCAGUGGACUUGGCUGAAUACGCUCCUAAUCUCAGAGGCAGCGGCGUGCACGGAGGCCUCAUAAUCCUGGAGCCUCGGUUUACCUCCGAGACGUUGGCCAUGUUACUGAACAUCCCUCCUCAGAAAACCCUGCUCAGGCGCCAUUUAACCACCAAUUUCAACGGUCUGGUGGGAGCCCAGGCUCAGCAGGAGAAACGCGAGUACGCCAACGCCAGCGGGCACACGUCACUCACCACUACCGCUAAAGUCCGGCCAAAGAAGCUCAGCUUCACAAACUUCAGCCACCUGAGGAAGAGGAGGCCUGAUGAUUCAGCGGACUAUAUUUGCCCAGUAGAAAUGGGAAACGCGCCGGUUUUGAACGGGGCGGCCCACCAGCUCUAGCGAAGGUUCAGGGCUUAUCUAGCUCCCAGCUUCUCCUGGACUCGGAUAGACUGGAUCAGAAGGAGAUCGAGUGAUCAUCAAAUCUCUUACUGUGAUCGGUUUGUUCAUCUUCUUCCCUCGGAUGGACAGCACAGCUGUAACCUCGCCCGGACUGGAGGAUUCCCGCUCAUUCAUCUGGACGUCAUUUGGUUAUAAGCUCUUUUUUUGUUGUUGUUUUUUGCUCCAUGCUGGUGUAAUGAUUCAUCGACUCGCCUACAAGUCUGAAUCAUCGAUGCUAAAUGCUUUACAUAUUAAAUAAACUACUCAAUUAAGGUUU